AGCUAUUGGACGCUCUCGCUGAUGCAACUGUCAGCGGUGGAGUGGACGACAAGCAAUAUGUGGUCAGACGAGAUCUUCUUGGUGGAGUAACGCAUGAGUUGACUUUGAGCAGCAAGAGAAACUAAUGCGCUUGCUUGCAUCGCUUCCGACUGCAUCUCAGACUCGAGAUGUCGGCACAGGCCUCCUACUGAAACGGCUUCACGAUGAUCUUCAGCAUCCACCAGCAUCAUCUUUAGGCGGUCCAUACAAGUAUCGCACCGCUGAUGGAAGUAACAACAACAUUCGUCUACCCAAUCUAGGCCGAGCCGGAUCCUACUAUACACGUUCAGUCUCCCCGAAGCACAUACCCACGAAUCUGCCCGACCCAGAGAUUCUCUUCGAUACUCUGCUCGCAAGGAGGGCAGAACCCAAGGCGCACCCAACAAAGAUAUCCAGUCUGCUGUUCGCUCUCGCUGGUAUCAUCAUCCAUGAUUUGUUCCGUACAAGCGACGAAGACAAGGAUGUCGCAGUUACAUCAUCAUAUCUGGAUCUUUCACCGUUGUACGGCUGUAAUCAAGAGGCGCAAGAUAGCGUCCGUACCAUGAUUGAUGGGAAGUUGAAGACAGACACCUUCACAGAAAUCAGAUUCAUCAACCGGCCGCCACACUUUGCAGCACUACUGAUCUGUUUCUGCCGCUUCCACAACAGCAUUGCGACGCAGCUUGCAGCCAUCAACGAAAACGGUCGAUUCACACUGCCUCCCCAGACCACUUCGCUCGGUCGGAUAGCGUACAAAGAGUUGCUUGCGAACCGAGAUAAUGACCUAUUCCAGACGGCCCGUCUGAUCACCUGUGGGCUAUAUAUGCAGAUAGUAUUGAACGAUUACGUUCGAACUAUUUUGAAUCUGCAGCGGGUAGACUCGGACUGGAAACUGGAUCCGCGAAAGGACUUCGACAAGCCCCCCGGCCAGACGGAUAUGGAAAAAGCAUGCGGCAACCAGAUCAGCGUUGAAUUCAAUUUGAUCUAUAGAUGGCAUAGCACCAUCUCGACUAAAGACGAACGGUGGCUGGAGCAACACACAUCUAAGCUUCUUCCAGAUGUGAAGGUGGAGAGUAUGACGGUUCAGGAACUGUAUACUUACAUGCACCAAUUUGGUGCCCAACAACCGUCAGACCCAAGCCAACGGACCUGGAACGGCUUACAGCCGCAACCUGGAGGGUACUUCAACGAUGCUGAUCUCGUCAGAGUUCUGACUGAAGCGACCGAAGAUACAGCUGCGAGCUUUGGGGCCCGACAAGUACCCGUCGUGCUGAGAGUGAUCGAAGUGAUGGGUAUACAACAGGCCCGGGCUUGGGGCGUAGCAUCUCUCAACGAGGUACGACGUCACUUUGGGAUGAACGCGCACAAAUCAUUCUUCGACAUCAAUUCGGAUCCAGAUAUCGCUACAGCCCUUGAAAAUCUGUACGGCGAUGUCGAGAACGUCGAGCUCUACCCUGGCGUUGUCGUUGAGGAGACGAAGGUGCCAAUGAUCCCUGGAUCAGGGCUAUGUGCUGGCUUCACCACCAGCCGAGCGAUAUUGUCCAAUGCUAUGGAUUUGGUACGGCGUGACCGGUUCUACACGGUAGACUACACACCGCAUCACUUGACUGCUUAUGGAUACAAAGCGGCAUCGAGCGACCCGUCAAUAGCUGGAGGUGGUGUCAUGCACAAACUUCUGAUGCGAGCUUUGCGUAAGUACAGUCAGUACUAUCGCGGCGAUUCAGUUUACGCGUUGUACCCGUUCACCGUCCCGCAAGAAACGUUGGAGAUCCAGAGAUCGCUUGGACACGAGGCCGAUUACUAUUACGAUGCUCCAACACUCAUUUCUCCAUCGACACUUGUUUCAGACUGGACUUUGAUAGAAAACAUUCUGAAAGACUCUCGAACAUUCAUUGCGCCUUGGGAGUUGAAGUUACGGACCCUCGGUGCUAGUCACGGUUCUUCAAUGGGUACCCAGCCCGAAAUCGCUAAGGAGGAAUCCUUGAUUCGAACGAUCAUUCUAGGGCCAAUCGACUCUCUCAGAGAGUUCUCUUGCUACGUCGAGAAAAUAACCAGUGGGUUAAUACGUCAGAACAGUCGCAAGGCCCACAAUUACCUUGAGAUCGACAUCGUCAACAGUGUGGCAACCUCCACGUGGACCGAGUCUGUGGCACGUCUGCUCGGUAUUCCUCUCAAGGCUCCAGGGACGCCUCAAGGAGUGCUUGAUAGCGAAACACUUCAAGAGCAAUUGGCUGCUUUAUUUCGAUAUAUCUUCUCAAUCCCGAAUUCAGAUUCGACGCAGGAGCUUACGUUUAAACGGAACGCUUUCCUGGCGAACAAGCAGCUGAGAAAGGCUAUCAACGAAGUGUGUGAGGCUAUCAAAUGCUCCUCGUUUGCCCAUAUACUUCUUCACCGACAUGACAGGAAAAGUUCGGACAAUAUCAUGAGCAAGCACGGAAGUGAGCUAUUGCAGCGGUUGUUUGAAAGUGGCAAAACUGUCGAAGAGGUUGUUUCCUUGGUCGUGCUGCUUGCUGUGGAGCUGGUGACUCCAAGCAUCUUCGCGAUUGUUCGUAUCCUUGACCUGUUCUUGUCAAAGUUGUAUGAGCCUCAUUGGGCAAGGGUACAACAGCUUUCACGCAACACGGCUCCUUGGACAUCACAAGCUUUGCGUGUUUACGUCUUAGAAGCUUUACGUCUUGUGCCACCCGCAGCGCCCUGCCUCCGCAUAUCAAACAUGUACCCUGGCAUCAACGAUUGGCGAUACGCCCAGGCUAUCAAGAAGGGCGACACCUUGCUGCUCGAUUUUGCCGCUGCAGGUCGUGAUGGUGAGAGGUUCCCAUAUUCAAGUGAAAUGAAGCUGGGCCGGCCGCUUGAGGUAUAUCAGCAUCUGCCUUUCAUCGACGGACUGCAUAGUCCUUUGGUGAAAGACAUUGCUGUUGCUGGAUUGGCAGAGCAGCUGCGGGUCUUUGGGAAGCUGAAGGGCCUGAGGCGGGCGCCAGGUGCUCCAGGAAUGCUGAAAAAGAUACGCGAGAACGGGGUGGUGAGCUACUUGAAUGACGCUCAAGACGAAUGGGUGCCGCUACCGCCGAGUCUGAAGCUACGCUUCGACGCUUUGCCCUAGAAAAG